AUGUCUUUUUUUGGGUUCGACACGGCACUUCCGGGCCAAAAUAAGGGCUCUGGACGAAAGAGGAACGGUGCCAAAAAGAACAACGCCCCUAUGGAUUUUGAAGACACUUAUCAAGGUCUUGGAGAGUAUGAAAAUGAGGAAGAUGACUAUUUGAAUGCUGAAACAUUUGGGGACGGAACAGAAUUGGGCGCAGACUUCGAUUUUGGGUACGGCAGGGGCAACCUCGAUGCUAACACUAGCAGCGCUGGCCAUGUGGAGCAGCCUGCUUUGAACCGUUCUUAUGCUUCUGCUGCCGCUUCUGCUGGGCCUGGAGCUCUCAAUGCUGGUUAUUCAUUGCCUUCGGCCCACACCAUGGACGAAGGUAUGGAUUUCACGCCAAUGGAGUCUCUGUGGACCAAUCAAUCCGCUGUUAUUCCUCAGCAACAGCCCCAGAAUCCCAUUCCGCAGGUUCUUUCUAUGGGGGAAAUUGAAAGACAGCAAUUUCAGCAGCAACAGCAACAGCAACAGCAUGGUUAUAUGAACAUGCCUCCAAUGCCUCCCAUGGGUUAUGGGUAUCCUCCUCAUGCUUACGGGCCACCAGGUGUGAACAAUACGGGAUACCAAGGCUUGCCACAGGACUUUUCCCAAAGCGUUCCCCAGGGUUAUCCUCAAGGUCUACCUCAAGGUGGACCAAUGGCCAUGCCGAUGCACAUGGCGCCAAUGGGCCCUCCCCAACAUUAUCAACCCAUUCCCGUACCUAUGCAGCAACACGAGCAGCAGACACCUCAACAGGCACACCAUCAAGCUCCAGCUUCCUUGCCCCAAGAGGCAUCUCCAGCUCCUGUCUUGAGUCGUGAACCCUCAGAGUCUCCCAGCUCUGUUCAACCGCAGGAGGUGGUUCGCGCUGACCAAUUUUCCUCUGUUGGUGUGCCAGAGCAGGCCUUUGCCCAGGAAAUGAGGCCACCCCACAAUGCUCCUGGUAAUAGAGGUCAAGCUAUCAUUCCUGAUCAAGUAAUGCGUGAAAUCGCUCCAAGGGAAACUCGUAGAGGCUCUAUGCGCAAGCCUCAAGAACCUUUGUCAUCCGAAGAACUAAAAAAACUUCGCAUUCGCCAGGCCAAGGUUGACAAGAUUCUCAGACACAGUGGUGUUAUGACUCCUCGUGAUAAGGACUUUAUCACCAGGUACCAAUUAUCUCAGAUUGUUACUGAUGACCCCUACAAUGAGGACUUUUAUUUCCAAGUUUACAAGAUCAUCCAACGUGGUGGUAUUGUCGGUGAGUCCAAUAAGGGUCUGAUUGCUCGCGCCUACCUCGAGCACUCAGGUCAUCGUUUGGGUGGUCGUUACAAACGUGCAGAUGUCGCAUUGCAAAGGAUGCAAAGCCAAGUUGAAAAAGCUGUUACUGUUGCGAAAGAGAGGCCCCAAAAAAGUCGAGAAAACUUAGACGGCGCCAAGGAGGGUGUAUUGGGCAAAAUUUCGUCGGCCAGAAAUAGUAAGGCACCUAGAAGGCAACUCCAAAUUCCUUUGCAAAAGGAAGAAGAAGAUGAAGUUACUUCUCAAGCCAUUGAAGAUGUUGUGCAGUCAAUGAAUGGUGUCGAGCUUUCGUCGUCGAAGGCAAGGAGACGGUCCUCAUAUGCCUUCCGCUCUGUUGAUCAGCGGGCUGUUUUAUCUCGUUCUGGCGGCCGUAAAUUUGUUUUGUCUUUGAUCGAAACGGUUUACUCUGAAGUCUUGGAGUUGGAAGCACAGUUGAGAAGUGGCCAAGACACGGACAGUAGUGCGUUGUGGGAAACUCUCCACAUAUCAGAUGACGCCUAUGAAGUUUCUCCUUUCAUCUCCAUUUUGUCUUUCGAUAAAGGUGUAAAGAUCAUGCCAAGGAUUUUCAAUUUCCUGAACAAAGAGCAAAAAUUGAAGUUGUUAUAUUGUUUCUUCAGUGAGUUGUCACAUUUGAACAUUAUUGUGACCAGUUCCUACAAGACCAAUCCAGACCCAUCGGACUCCCAGCUCAAGAAGCUUGAACUAUUCCAGUCGGUGUUUUUGAAGAUCAUUGUGUCGUUUUUAUCUAGCUCUGCCGAGUUCCUGGAAGUCCUAGGUCUACUGUUGGCCCUGGUGAAAAAUAACAACGUAUCUUUCAUCAGUACGUCCAAGAUUGGUUUGAAUUUGAUCACCGUUUUGAUCUCGCGCGCUGCUCUAAUCAAACAGGAUGUUAGCAGAGGUAAUGUUUUGUCCUCAAUGGAGGCCUCAACUUGGAAUGAGAUCUACGACAAGCUUUUCACGGCCUUGGAAACAAAGCUUGCUGUGGUAUUCCCUCCUGACGAAUAUAGUUCCAGGGUGGUUGCCACCUCUUCUUCCGGUACUGUGACUUCCGCUACUGUGGGCCAAUCCAGCAAACAUCAAUUCUACGAUCAAUCUUACAUCUGGCAAUUUUUAGCUUCUCUAGCAUUAAGUGGCAAACUCAACCACCAGCGUGUUAUUAUCGAUGAGAUUAGAGAAGAAAUUUUUGGUACUAUCAGCAGGGCCGAACAGCUAUCGUCUACCGCACCUGUUGAGGAACAACAAAUCGCCCUCUACCAAAGAGACAAACUUUAUCAAGAUUUGAAUCUCUUCCUCAACGUCAUGGGGCUAGUUGCCCGCGACGGAGAGAUUAGUGAACUCAAGUGA